AUGUCAGCACAAGAGAUCACCGUUCCGGCGCCUGCCGACUUCCACGUGCACCUGCGACAGGGGCCCAUGUCGCAGCUCGUCACACCGCACGUUGCCGAAGGCGGCAUCUCGCUCGCCUAUGUGAUGCCCAACCUCGUGCCUCCCAUCACCUCGGCCCAGCAGGCCGCUGGCUACCUCCAGUCCCUUCGCAACCUCGCACCGCAAACCAAGUUCAUCGGCACGCUCUACCUCUCCUCCGCCCUCACACCUGCUGAGAUCGCCGAGGCCGCGAAAGAAGGCGUCCGCGGCGUCAAGAGCUACCCGCGCGGCGUCACCACCAACUCGGACAGCGGCAUCGAGGACUACGAGACCUACUACCCCAUCUUCGAAGAGAUGCAGAAGCACGAUAUGGUGCUCAACCUCCACGGUGAGGUGCCGUCCAACGCCGACGCGGGCAUCUGCGUGCUGAAUGCCGAGGAGAAGUUCUUGACCCACCUGUUCAAGAUCCACAAGCGGUUUCCGAAGCUCAAGAUCGUCCUGGAGCACGCGACGACAAGAAAGGCGGUGGAGGCUGUCAAGGAGUGUGGCGAGACGGUGGGCUGCACCAUUACGCCGCAUCACCUCGAGCUGAUUGUGGAUGACUGGGCAGGAAAGCCGUUGAACUUUUGCAAGCCCGUUGCAAAGUAUCCGGACGACCGACAGGCUUUGCGCGACGUGAUCCGCGAAGGCCACCCACGCUUCUUCCUCGGCUCGGAUUCGGCCCCGCACCCGUUGGCCAACAAGUACCCCUCGGCAGUGACGCACGGCGCACCGGGAACAAAAGCCUCGGCGUCGGGCGGCGAUGACCUCGAGCCGACAGGCGUCGUCUCGUGCGGCUGCGCAGCCGGCGUGUACACCUCAUCGAUCCUCGUUCCGCUCUGCGCUACGCUUCUGGAAGGCUUUGGCGCCCUCGACCAGCUGGCCAACUAUGUCAGUCUCAACGGCCGAAGGUUCUACGGCUAUGACGACGAGCAAGAACUCUCGCAAGGUAGCAUCAAGCUUCGCAGGGCAGGCGGCGGGUCGAGCGCGGCAACCGUUCCGGCCGUCUAUGUUCACCCGGAGUUCCGUGACGUUCCUGAUUCCGACGCAAGCAAGGUGCAGGUGGUUCCGUUCUGGGCGGGCAAGCGAUUGGGAUGGGAGAUUGUUCGUUCAUGA